UCAGAGUUGAAUUUAUUUGUGAUGUGACGCUCCACAGUAGUGGUUAAUGCCUCAUAUGGAUGUAGACACUCAAGGCUUUGAGAAUUUGCAAUUUUUCAUGUUUUUCUUAUAACAGACUUGGGCGAUAAAUUAAUCUUUUUUUUUUAUUAUUUGAAAAUGUCCAUUAAGUCAAUUUCCGUUCUGCCGGUGGAAUGAAACGCCAGUGUACUGCGAGAAAGGAUUGAGGCUGUUUAAUAAAGUAAUAAGGAAACUAGAGUCAUGCGUUUUUUCUUCUUCUUUCAGUUCAACCUGCGUUUGAUCGGUUUUAUCAUCAUAUAAAAUCACGUCUAAAGCAUCAGUUAUGUCAGUUUAUUGUUUUGUUUUUUUUUAAUUCCAUCCAAUGUUAAGAAAGACAUUGAGACAGAAAUGAGAAAGAUCAACACUCUGAUGAGUAAUGGUGAGUUACUGUCAUCGAGGUUGUAUGUAUUUUCAGCCCUUUUAUUUUUAUAGCCAUGGAGACUCAUACCAUCACAACUCCCUCGUAGAGACACCCCCACCUCCAGAGGGGCAGGACUCAGAUGGCUUUCACUUCUUACCCUCUGAAACCCUCCUCUUUUCAUUUCAGCAUUUCACACAGUAAGAUAUACAUAGAGUUAGGCAAGCGCUGGAGAACCUUGUGCUAUUUUUUGUCUUUCGUGUGUGUUAACAUUGCACUGGUAGACAAAAAGAACGAGUAGUGAUUGUGUAAUCCUUUAAUUUAAUGGCUGAGAGCAGGGUUUAAUCAGUGGUCAGUGUGUUCACUCUGGACCUGUUUUCUUUCUGCUCACCAUGAGGUGCCUGUAUCUGCUGUUUCUGGGUGUUCUGUUAGCCGAACUGAACGAUGAGACUGCUGCUGUAACAUGUGCUCCUGGAUUUAGAGUUUCAGGCACGUCCUGUAUAGAUGAAGAUGAGUGUGAGGACGAGCUAUGUGGUCCGAGUGCAACUUGCAUCAACACACAAGGCAGCUACUACUGUCAGUGUGUAACGGGGUUCUGGACAGAUAAAGACAAAGUUAAUUUCACUGCAGAUGAAGGUGUAGAAUGCAGUGACAUUAAUGAAUGUCGGGAAUUCAACAACUUCUGUGGCCCUAAUGCUCAGUGCAGUAACUCUAUUGGUUCCUAUUACUGCACGUGUCGUCCUGGUUUUAUGGCCAGCAACGAACAGGAGCGGUUUAAUGCAAGCCAAAGUGUUACAUGCGACGACAUCGACGAGUGUCUUAACAAGAGCAUCUGUGGCCCUAAAGCUGAGUGCAGUAACACAAACGGCGCCUAUUACUGCACGUGUCUUCCUGGCUUUGUCGCCAGCAACGGAAAGGAGAAAUUUAAUGAAAACCAAAAUGUUAAAUGCAACGAACUGGACUGUAACAGACUUCACAGUGGAAGCCUAUCUGGGCAGAUCGAUUCCGAGCUGAAGCAGAUUCUGACAGAGUUGAGUAGCACAUGCAAGCAAAAGGGAGCGACUGGAGAGGCCAUGUUACAGAUUCUCACUGAGGCUUUAGAAGGCUUUCUUUCAAGAGCGCCUUUAACAGAUAACAAGACCAUUACAGCACUGUUUGAAGUGGUUGAAAACACACUGCCGCUGAUUGGACAGCUGCUGGUUAGCAGCUAUAUCAACCAAUCAUCUCCUUACACACGAGUCGAGAUGGUGACCCAAAGAAGACCGACCGCCCCACGUGGUCCAUUUUCUUUGUCCACAAACGAUGUGCAAUUCAUCAGCCACUGGGAAACAGCAACGGGAGAUUCAUACCUGGGAUUUACCUCCGCGUCCCUGUUCGAGUACGAGAGUUUUGGAAGUGCACACAUCAACAGCUCAGACAGUGGGGGGAAAAUCUCUGCAGGUCAAUACAAGCUCAACUCCAAAGUAGUGACGAUAGCAGUCACAAACCCAAACACGGCUCUUCUGGAGAAACCGAUCACGCUCAACUUCUCUCACCUGCAGGAAGCGGUGAGGAAUGUAUCCUGUGUGUUCUGGGACUCGAAGCUGGAAGGUGGAGCGUGGUCUACUCAAGGAUGCAGUGUGGUCCAGUCCAGCACCUAUAACACCGUCUGCUCAUGCUCACACCUCAGCAGCUUCGCUGUGCUAAUGGCGCUCUAUGAGAUGGAGAAUGUGUUUGAGCUACAGCUGAUCACCUGGAUUGGACUCUCCCUGUCUCUAAUCUGCCUCCUCAUCUGCAUACUGACCUUCUGGCUGGUCCGUGCCAUCCAAAGCACCCGCACCACCAUCCACCUGCACCUCUGCAUCAGCCUCUUCCUCGCAGACUUCAUCUUCCUCGUCGGCAUCAGCCAAACGGACAACAAGGUGGGAUGUGGGGUGGUGGCAGGUCUGCUGCACUUCUUCUUCCUCGCUGUGUUCUGCUGGAUGUGUCUGGAGGGCGUGCAGCUUUUCCGCAUGGUGGUGCUGGUGUUCCACACCACUCUGAGUCGUGGCUACCUGAUGGCCGCCGGUUACGGAGUCCCCGCCCUCAUCAUUAUCAUAUCAGCCAGCGUCAAUUACAGCGGAUAUGGCACAUCACGCUACUGUUGGCUCAGUCUGGAGAACGGUUUCAUCUGGAGCUUCUUCGGCCCUGUUUGUGUCAUAAUCGUUGUGAAUGCAGUCUUCUUUCUGAUAACGGUAUCGAAGUUGGCGCAGAAAUUCAACUCCCUCAACCCUGAGUUAAGCAACCUGAAAAAAAUCAGGACAUUCACAAUCACUGCCGUUGCUCAGCUGUGUGUGCUCGGCACCAUGUGGAUCUUUGGCUGUUUUCAGUUUGAUGAAGGAACGUUGGUCAUGUCCUACAUCUUCACUAUCCUCAACAGCUUGCAGGGGGUGCUGGUGUUCAUCAUGCACUGUCUGCUCUCCAAACAGGUGAGAGACGAGUACAUCCGAUUCCUGACCUGUCUGACUAUAAAACAGAAGAGGUCAUACUCCGAGUUCAGCACAAACCAGUCCAGCAAAUCCCAGGUGACCAAAAGCGUUCAGACCACAGGAGAGUUGCACCGCUGAAGCGUACACACAUCGGGCAACGCUACCUUGUGCGCGUCUUCGCCGAAUUCUCUGCGAUGAUGCUCCCGUUCAGCACAAGCUCAUCUGUUGAAUUAGCUGCUUUCUGAUUCUGCUGUUGUGUGUUGUUGUUUUGUUACAGCAAAAACCCUGUACGUACAAAUCCAAGUCGAGUCUGACGUUAGCAGAUCGCAAGUCUAAUUAACCUCAGGCUCAGUUUGUAGUACAAGUCAGUACAAAACAAUAUUCUGCUGCUCAAGUCCUGCUCUGGUUCUGGUGAUGUAGGCUACAGAAGCAUACUACACACAAGGACUUACUGUUACUGUUGAUUAUUUUCCUAUUGCAGCAUGGUAAAGUGCUUUAUUCCUCUAAUUCAGCAGCAAUUUGUUAAUGACUACAAUAUUUUAUUUAUUAACGAAUAACACUUCAGCGUUCUUCCUCCAUUUAACGUCGAGGAAGAUCCACGAAACAAGUUAGUAAGUUAAUAUAGCAGCUAUAAACAAUCGUUCCCUCACAACUUUCUUUUCUCUCUUGAUGUUAAUAAGACGAAGAAAAAAAAAAUGUACAGCAUGUUACAGUACCAAGAAGUAAUAGUAAUCUGCCCUGAAGGCUUUCCUGUAGCAAAUAACUAACCUCUGUGUGUUACAAAGCACUGAAACUGGAGACUCCUUUAAAAAGCAUUAACUAAACCCCCACACACAGAAAAAUUCACCAUAUCGACAAUUCUACGUGUUUCCAUUAUUAAAUAACUAAAGUUAUAUGCAGGGCUAUUACGGAAUUGCACAGAGGUUUUGUUUUGUGAUUAUUACGACCAAAAAUGUUUGAUUUUGCUGCGGCUUUUUCCUUCAAAAUUUGCGAUGGAAGUCAGGGAGCUUUUUUUGUGCGUUUUUUGAGGAAAACUACUCGAGUCACACGUAAUUGUCUUUCGCAGUGAUGCUUGUUGGUAAACGACACCUUUUUAGCUGUACUCGUGUUCCACGCACAUGAAUCAAUACGUGCAUUGGGUGAAGGCACGUUUUGAUGUCGUCACAUGACGCAUCUCGGCCCGAGUCUGCAGUAAAUUUGCUGUCGUUUUGAAAAAUUGACAGAAUAUCGCGGCGUUUCCUUGAUUUCACAAUUCAUUUAUGAGAUCGCGAAAUCCUGGAGCGACUGCAUAUAGAGCGUCUGCCAUACAAGUCUUUGUAUAUGUUGUUACUAUAAACAAUAACGCGUUCAAGUAAUCAACACCGUCUGACCAAUCAGAAUUGAGAGUUCGACGAGCAUGCAAAAAAAUGAAAAUAAAUGAAAUAUGUAUUUACAGAGCGUAGUUACGAAAGGUUACAAUAAGUCACAGGACCGGAGCGCUCGAUCACAGAUACGUACCUCAAAUUGAUCAGCACACUGAGUGAGUGAGUGAGUGAGUGUGUGUGUGUGUGUGUGUGUGUGUGUGUGUGUGUGUGUGCUGCAGGAAAGACCAACAGUCUACAAUUACAAUCAAGCAAAUAAGGAUCGACCUCAUAUGAUCGCUUUUAAACGUCUUUAAAGAGAUACGAAAAGAAAAACACCUUUCUGUCUCCAGAGCGCAUCACUACUGAACCUCAGUAGUACUGACUGAAUCAGUUUAGUGAUGGUGAAAGUUGUUUUAGCUUAAAAGCAACCGAUUAAAGAGUUGAAAUGAGGAAAGGAACGUCUUCAUUAGUAUUAGAACAUUUCCGAACAUUAUUAGUGUCCCAGGCUUAAUUUCAAAGGGUAGAUGCAGGCCAUAAUGUAAAACCCUUAGCAAAUGUAUUUAUAAGUGGGUGUAAUUUUUUUUAUAUGAUGUACACAAUUUUAAAUGAAUUUUAAAUGAUUUUAUUGUAAUAUUUAAUGCUGAGCUCUGAUUAUUUGAAAGCUACUUUGGUAUACUUU